ACGCACCGACAACCUCCCUCGUGUUGGCGGUCGUAGUUCUCACUGCACACACACACGGUACCAGUCAAACAAGGAGUACUCCUGUAGCUAGUAGGAGGCCCGAUCAUUCAAUCGGAAGCGGUUUGUUGACUUUGGUCGACAUAUUAUACUAGUAUUGGUUGGAAAUUGACAAGAAGAGAGGCCGACCAUGUACAAACUCUCCCUGACGACGGCGACUUCUCCGCGCAACAGUUCCACGGAUUUUGACAUUCCUGCGGAAAUUUCGCAAGAAGUGGAAGAGCAAGACGCGUUGGAACAAGACCAAGAAGCAGAAGAAGAGCAAGAAGAGGAGCACGAACAAGAAGAAUUCUUUGGGGACACGUACACGGAAAAUGAGAUUCCAUUUCAAGUGACAGUCAACAGUGCCUUGGGCGACGAGUGCAGUACUCUAGCGGAUGAAGGCGCCGAGUUUGAAUUUCUCUGGGCCCAACUGGAACUGCAACAACGCAUGCAGCAACAGCAGCAACAACAACAAAUGAUGAUGAUGACGCCCAUGCAAACGCCUCAUCAACUGUUUCACAUGCCCAUGCCAAUGCAAUUUCAGCCCAUGGCGUUUCCACAACAACAGCAACAGCCACUGGUUCGCCAAGUGAGCCAGGAAUACAACAACAACAACAACGCUGCCAUUGAGGAACCCUACAAGGCCGCCGAAGCUUCCGAGUCGGAGGAUCCGGUCGAUGUGGAUGAGCUCCAGGAUCAGUUCGAAGUAGCCGAACGAGAAGCCGAUCGAGAACGGCGUCUCCAAGCCGAGCUAGAAACUUGGUCCGUACACGAUCAACUCUUACGCGAAAGCCAAGAAGAAAGUCAAAUGGAAAGUUACUUGGUGCCGGAUCAUUUUCAUCAUUACAACAACUCUCAACAAGCACAACAACAACAAGAGAUCAUUUCCAUCAUGACACCCGAUACGAACGUUAUGAACGAAUUCUCCGAACGCACGCCUCAUACACCCACUUUGUACGAUCGCGGCGAAAUGCCAUUCCCCCCAUCGCCAGGGGACGCGUACCGCUAUGAUUACGAGCACUACGAGGGAGACAACAACACUGUGCCAACCGAAUUGGUACCUCCCCCACUGCCCACUCGAGGACCCUCUCGCAGUACUUCUGCCGCUCGACCACCACCGCCCAACUUAAGAGCGCCGUCGCAAGGGACACUAGAGCCUCCUCCCACGCGACGACGACUCCAAACGCGAGUGGCACCCGUCAAUGGUGUGGAGGGUAGUAGUAGUGACGACUUUUCUUCGUCGUCUGCGUUUCUAGCAGACGCCACGACCGACUACCAUCACAACCAACGCGCCAAGUGCAUUACAGCUACCAUUAUCAAAACAUCCAAACGCACCAACGUCGGUUUGGAACUCCACAACACACCCGACGGCGCCAUUUGUAUUGCGCGCAUUGCACAAGAUGGACUCGUUCACGUCUCGGGAGCGCCACUGCAAGUCGGUGAUAUCCUGGUGGGCAUCUCCACCAGCAAGACCAAUCAUACGUGUGGCAAUGCGCCUGGAAGUUUGCGCAAAAAUGACAUUGUACGCUUACUAAAGAAAACCGCCGGUCGCAUUACUCUCAUUGCCCAAAAUCCACACGGGAAUCCCUCUUGCGUCGAAUCCAUGACGGUCAAACCGCAUCCCGAAUUUGGAACGGGCAUUUUCUUCUUGUCGGGUGGCAACGCCGACUCAACUGAAGAAAAGACACUCCAGAUUCACAGUGUCCCCGCCAAUGGCUUGUUUGCCCAUUCCAUGUUGGCGCGGGGGGAUCAAGUCAUCUCCAUUAACGGAGUCGAUUGUGCUCAGCUCGAUGCCUGUGUCGCCACCGAUAUUGUCAAGUCGGCACCGCGCUAUGUCAGUAUUGUCACCAAGACGUCGCGGAAUCGAUCGAGUUCGAGCAGCAAUAGCGACAAUAAUAUCACGACGGAUGAUCCGGCACUGCAUCUGCGGACCGUGCCCGAAGAAAGACGAGCGUCGUUUGGGUUGUUUCGGAGAAGAUAAUACUGUAUGUUCGCUUGCUUGCUUGCUUGUGCGAAUUGAAUUGGAUAGGAUGGGACAAUAGUUUUUUAGUUGAUUAUUCGUGUAACUAGCUAGCUAGUAGGUUUUGAUUG